AUGGGCCCCGCCGCCGGCGCGCUGCUCUGGGCCCUGCUGCUGCCUCUGGGCGCCCCGGCGGCGGGGGCCCAGGACCGCACGGACACCUCCACGCUGCGGCCCAGCUCCCGCGGCCCGGCCCGCACCUCCCUGCGCCCCGCGCCGCCCCGCAGGACCAGCCCGGCCCGCAGGGUGACGGCGGAGGACGAGGACGACCUGCUGGUGGACGCCGACCGCCAGGCCAGCCCCGCCGCCGCCGAGCUCCUGGCGUCCACGGUGACCGGCCUGGUGCGGACGCUGCCCGGGGAGGACGAGAGCCUGGAGGAGGGCGGCGUGGUCAUCAGCGCCAACGCCAGGAAGGACCAGGCGGCGAAGCCCGCGGCGGAGACCACCACGGCCAGCACCCCGGGGCCGCCCAGCCCCCGCUUCCCCGCCAACGUGCAGGAGCCCGAGCUCCGGCUCACGUCCGACCUGCCCACGACCACCCCCGGCGCGCCGGGCUCCAGCGCCGCGGUGGACGAGGCGUACUCGGAGAACACGGAGGGCACCGAGAGCACGCUGACCACCCUGAGCCGCUGGACCUCGCACGGCUCCGUCCCGAGCCCCUGGCGCUCGGCCCCGGCCAGCAGCAUGCCGGCGCCCGAGGACCUGCAGCUGAUGCUGCUGCCCUGGGGCCCCUGGCACUGCCACUGCAAGGCGGGCACCAUGAGCCGCUCGCGCGCCGGGAAGCUGCACGGCCUGUCCGGGCGCCUCCGGGUCGGGGCGCUCAGCCAGCUGCGCACCGAGCACAGGCCCUGCACCUACGCGCAGUGCCAGUGCGACCGGCUGCGCGAGGAGUGUCCCCUGGACAACAGCGAGUGCCCGGGGCCCGGCUGCACCUCUGCGCCCGCCGCCAAGCCCACCGCCGCGCCCAGCACCAGGACCCUCUCCACCGCCUGCCCGGACUCCGCCCUGGAGUUCUGGAAGAAGGUCAGGGCCGGGCUGGAGGACAUCUGGAACAGCCUCUCCUCCGUGUUCACACAGAUGCAACCAAUAGACAGAAACCAGAAGUAAUGGCCACUUCAGCAAGAGAAGGCGCCAGCAUCCCAGCCUCUCUCCUUUCAAUCCCUGCUCCCACUGGAUAUUUUUAGUACAGAAAACAUGGUUCUAGAAAAAUACAUUGAUCUUGUGUCUCUCUAUACUUCACUG